GGUAGUUAAAUUCAGCUACGAAAGAUUAUUAAGGCCGGUUGAGUUGAGACCAAUGUAGGUAGGUAAACAUAUAUAUCUCUUGUUGCUGUUGCCUAGAGUGAUAGGGCUUGUUGAGUAAUUUUAACCUUGCCCCGCAAAAGCAAAACCAGUCCGUUAUCCACAUACACUCAAAUGUGAUGAGAAAUUUCAUUCGGCAUGCUAUAUUUACAUGAAACAGUAUACUUUAAAGGAUCACGAUAAUCGCCAAAUUCAUCAGCCUUACACAUCGAUCUGUGGAACGAUCUUUGAAAAACUUAAGUAUGCCUCGGUCCGCCUUUUCAUAUCCUUUUUAGUAGAAGAAUUGCUUUUUCUACCUAAAUAUUCCUACGAUCCCCUAACAUGGCGACACAAGAUGGGAAUCAUACGCUAGCACAUUCCGUCACUUUUUCCGACUAUCACCUUCGUAAGGACGUUCUUGUAGCCUUCCUCCGUUGGCGUUUUCAAGAUGACAAUAUCAAUGUCGAGAAACCAGUGGGGGCAUCGCAUUUCAACAGCUGGCUUCCUAGAGGACUAGAGAGGAUGCAGAUAACAAUGCUGUUAAAAAACUACGAGACAGGACUUCUUUUGAUCCUAAACAAGUGCAGGCAGAGUUCGGCUAAAACCUGGUUUGCUUUUUCUUUCAUUCGGCGUGCCCUAACAGCCGAGGCUUUCUUAUUUGGUGGACAUUAGCAAUAUGCAGGCAGCCGAACAUCGCCUUCCCUAAACUGAAAUAGAGGCGGGUUGGCUCCCAUAGCAUUUUAAAUGAUAAGUCUAUUGUAUAUCGCCAU